AUGGCCUCGUCGUUAGCUUUCAAUCCUGGGUUUAACGAAGCAGAGCUAUUUCUGGCAUCCUUGCAAUCGUCCGACUACAGUGAGGGCGAUAAAAGCGACUACUAUCAUGGUGCGAGUAACACUGACGGUUCGCCCAUGCAAUCCGCAGAUAGUUAUGGGGAUGGGUCUUGGGCCGAAAAUUAUGGCGGGACGUUGAAUUUGACCCCGGAGUCCUUCCACGAGGCGCCAUGGGCAGAGCAAUACCCACUGCAGCAGCAGCAACAACAACAGCCACAGCAACAUCCUCAACGUCACCAGCAACACCCCCAACCUCAACAUCAACCUCAACAUCAACCUCAACCUCAACCUCAGCCCCAACCUCAACCUCAACAGGUUCUUCAACAACAACAAUCGCAGCUACAACAGCCGCUAAUCCCUAGUCCGGUGGGAAACAUCUCAAGCGGGAAUGCGGAAGAGUCGGUUUACAUCAAGACCGACCGGUCGCCCCGAUUAUCAUUUGGAACAGAUGAGUUGGGCGAUUUACUGGAAGGGGACGAAAGUGGCCCCCAGCUGGCGACUGUGGAAUCGUCUCACGACAGUUCUGGCUCUAAGGUACAUAAGCCUAGACGUGAAAGAACUUCUCAUAACGUUAUAGAGAAGAAGUAUCGCUCCAAUAUCAAUACCAAGAUUUUUCAGCUCAGAGAUAUUGUCCCUUCCCUGCGGUGCGCGGCGAAACGCGAGGUGGGGCAACCGAUCACUGUGGAAGACCAGGAAGAACUAGAUGGUCUAGAGCCGGCCCGGAAGCUCAACAAGGCUUCGGUCCUGAUCAAGACUAUCGAGUACAUCCGGUACCUGCAAAAUAAAUGCGAUGCUUUCAAGUUCGAAAAUACUCGCCUCAAGUCAAACCAGGGCUUUACUACUCCGAACAGCGAGCGCAACCAUUCUCGGGGGUCUACCGAUUUUAUGUUGAAUGUUCCCCCCGGGCAAUCGUCAAGUCAGCCCUACGCCCAGGCUUACCCAUCAAGAAAUGGGGAAUCUGCUACCAGCAAGUACUUGAUGGCUGGACUUGCCAUGACGAUGGGUGCAUCUUGCUUCGGAGAAAAUAGUGACUACGGUAAUGCCAAAAGUUUGAUGUCAAUGCCAAUGGUACAUUACUCACCAGCAAAUGGGCUCAUCUUCACGAACGCCAAUGGAGUCAUUGAUCUCGGUUCAGUUUUCCUGUCGCUUGUGAGAAUCACGCUACUUUUCGCCACUAUUGCUCAUUUCUUCAGUCUUGUUGUCCGCAAUGCCGGCGACAACAAGAAGAAAAAGCUCGACAUGGCAGUAGUUUCAUUCGCCGACACUGUAAGCUUCCAAAAUUCGUCUCAAGUCAUCGCGACCUUGAAGAAAACGAUGUUUAUAAAUCGGUUAAAGUACCCAGUCAACUCUAUUGAAAGAAUAGAGUCCGAAAUUGCCCACUGUUUUGCCUUGAAGCUGUACCAUCCUUCCUACAUAUUGAGACUGUGGACAAACCGGCAAAUUGACCUCACUUGGUCAAAGUUAGGGAAGCAGGUCGAGUCUGCUAAUCAGAGAAGCGGGGGUGCCUUGAAAAAUGGAUUUGAGUGGGAAAUGAUCACCAAUGUGCUUACAAGUUCAAGGAUCGAUACCUUGGAUUGUGAGGAACUUGAAGAUGCUAUUGUAAAAAGGGGCACAUUUACCUUGAAAGAGUUUGUGGAGUUCAUUAAUGCGUUCAUGGUGAAAUUUAGAAAUGAAGCUGUUACUGCGAGGUAUUUGGAGGAACUAAGCUCCUCCGAUAGUAAAGUUGUUGAAACAACUGAAAGGUUUUAUGGAUCAAAUGUCUUUGAUAACGUCAGCUUGCAAAUAUCCUCUGAGAACUUUGCAACCCUGUGCGCUUUGUUCGAGGCUACAGAAAAUAAUAUCGAAAAACUGCUGAAGCUUGUGAAGGAGAGGAAGUCAGGACAAUCUUCCAACAAGCAAUUUGACAAUGACCAAAUAUUAGUGCUGUACUCUAGCAUUGUCAAAAAUCUUUUGUUUAACGGCAAGCAGAAGCAAGCCUACCACUGGGCUUCUAACAUCCCAUCUAAUUUGAUAAUGUCUGGUGAAGUGUCCAUCGUUGGGGUAACGGCGGUUUUUUCGAUGCUGAAAACUCUAUUCGAAUCUGGGCCCAACGAUGAAUUGCAGACCAUCUACUCGAGACUUGAAUCCUUGGCGUCCAACGUCAGACUAUGGUUAGCGCAGUCCAGAGAUUCCACUCUAACUUUAGAUCUACGUGGUAAACUUGUCGAUUUCUGUGUAGAAACUACCGUGACUUGUGCUUCUGCUAGGCUCGAAGAUGACACCGAAGUGGAGAGUCAAAGCGAGUUCAGUGAAAGUGAUGAGGAGGGUAGUUGA